UUUCCUCUUUAGAAUAUCACCUUGCUCUCUAAUCCAAAUCAUCAUGGUUUUAAAAACUGAAGCUUUGGUCUUCUUGGUUAUUUUGUUUGCAUAUUCGAGUGUUCCUUUAAUGGUAAAUGGUGCCGUUUAUACUGUCGGCGAAUUCACCGGUUGGACGACAAUCGGGCAUUACGAUUAUGCCAAGUGGGCUUCUAACCAAACUUUUCAUGUCGGAGACGCCAUCCGCUUCGUAUUUAAUCCUGCACACCAUAAUGUAAUGGAAGUGAGCUCCUCCGACUAUGAAUCAUGUAAUGCAGAGGCCGCAACAUCUAUCUAUAUCACGGGAGACGAUACAAUUCCACUCACAAAAGAGGGUCACCAUUACUUCAUCUGUGGAGUUCCUGGUCACUGCCAAGUAGGCCAGAAGGUUGAUAUCCAAGUUUCGAAAUCAUCGACAAAAGGGGGAGCCAUGACUCCAACUAUGUCACCUAAUUCUACUUCUCCUUCGAAUAUGACAUCUUCUGCAUCUAAAUUUUCUUCCAAAGAUCUUAUUAUUUUAGUCCCGGCUCUAGUUGUUUCUGCAUUUGGUUUUGCUUAGUAGUAAAGUCGAGGUUAAUUUGGUUCGCUUAUUAGUGAGGUUAAUUUCUUCUUGUUUCAGUUUUUUCUUUUUUCUUCUUU